CCAUGGAGUUCCCGGCCGUGCUCUUCCCCUCCUACUUCGGCGUCGGCCCGCCGCGGGAAGAGGGUGGCUCCGCGCCGGUCGCCGGCUGGGGCGAGCACGGGCAGGUGCUGGAGGGUGGCCCCGGCCGCCGCCAGGUGCAGCCGGCGUUCGUGCCCCGCCGCGGCGUGACGGGUGAAAGGUGGGAGGCCGCCGACCCUGCGGCUGUGCCGGUGCUGCUGCCCAGCGAGGACGGCUGGAUCCCCUUGCCCGCGACUCAGGACAUUUUGUACAGCAGCGGCCUGUGCAGGAAGCUCCGGGCAGGCAAGUCCGGAGCCACUCUAGACUUCGCUAAGCAGCUGGGACAUUUCUUUGUGGAUCACCCAGAAGACGCUUUUGGCUCCCUGGGGCACCUGCUGCACAAGAACUUCCACCUGGGAAACUCCAAACUGAAGAGACCAGCCCGGAGUAGCACCAUCCGGAUGACAGCCCUGGUGGAGGACAUCGACCGCCUGGAGGCUCGACGCGGCUGCCCCCGGCAGCACUUGGCCUCCCGCCUGCGCUGGUUCUCCCACCUCUGCCGUGACUGGCUCUUCGAGGUGCCACUGGGGCUGCUGGCAGACUGCCUGCACGAGGAGCUGAUGCAGCAGUGGUCCAACUUGCUCUUUGACGACAGUCUCACUGGGGGGGCACUGGCCUGGUUGCCCCCUGAAGACGGGGGGACACCCGUGGGCCGCCUGGUGCACCCUGGAGGGAAGGCCAUGAACCACCUCUAUUUCCAGGAUGUGGUGCUGGAAGAGCUGCCCCGUGCCCGGGGCUCCCCAGCACAGUUUGAGCUCAGUGGGCGCAUCCGGCAAGUGGCUGCAGCCCGUGUGGAUGGACAAGAUUUUGUUGGCGUCCGUUCAGACUAUCACUGUGGUGUUUGGAGGGUGCCGGGCAAGGCAGGGGCAGCUCCCACCCCACUACAGGUGAUCCACACUGAUGUGCCUGCCUCCUGCCUCACUGUCAGCCCUCACCUUCCCGGGGAGCUGUCUGUCUGCACGCAGAGCGGGACCGUCUACCUCUGGAGCGUUGAGACCGGGCUGCAGCAGCUCCGCCAUGACCCCCAGACCAUGUUUUUUCGGGACCAUUCAUCCUGGCGCUGGAGUGACUUCACUGCCCACCCACGGGUGCUCAGCUGUGCUGACCGCACGGGCCUGCAGUGCCUAGAUGCCCGGGCCCCCAAGAGAUGCCACUUCGACUUGUUCAAGGUGGGCGAGGAAGCUGGCUGCCAGCAGGGUGAACGUGUGGUGCUGCCCAUGUACCUGGGCAGGGCUCACCCCUCACAGUACCUUGUCACCACCCAGUUCUCCAUGUAUGUGCUGGACGAGCGGUUGCCACUGAUGCCUGUUCUGAAGUGGGCACACAUGAUGAAGGCCCCUCCGGUCUUUGCACACCUGAUGCCAGGCAAACCCGGGAGGAGCCACAAGGUGCUGCUUGGAGCAUCCCACACCCAGGAACUGUUGCUGUUGCAAUACCGGGGGGGCAGCCAGUCAGCUUGUCAGCUGGCUGGGACUCCACAGAAGCUGCACAGUAUUGCAGGGUGCCUGCAGCAUCUGCCCACCCAGCUCCCUCACCGUCACCACAUGCUCCAGCAGCGCCUCACAGCCCCAGCAGCAGGGCUGGCUGCCACGCUGGAGGAGGAUGCACUGCACAAGUCCAUGUUGGUUUUCCAGCUCUCUGAGGCUGGGGAUGUCUUCUGCCAGAGGCUGACCCACAAGCCAGCACAGCCCCCUGCACCCCCAUCAAGGGAUGAGGUCACAACAGCCCCUGGCUCUUCCCCUCUCUUUGAGGCUCCAGCCAGCAGCCCACAAGGCUUGGGCGGUGAGGAAGAAGAGGAGGAAGAGCAAACAUUCUACUUGUCCAACCUGGAGGUGAUUAUCGAUGAUGAGGAAGAGGACAUGGGCACACCAGCACCCCUGGAGGAAGCUGAACUGCAGGAGCCCUGUGCGAACUCCCAGCCCUCCCCAGAGGUACCCAGCCCAGCUGCAGCCCUGCAGUACCGACGCUGGCUGAGGGCACUUUCCAGGGCCUGCAGGGAGCCCCCCCAGCACAGCUGGCCCCCCAGCCUCAGCCAGAGGCGCCUCUUCACCCGCAAAGAUCUGGAGGGGCCAGCAGGCCCCAGCAGCCUGCAGAGACAGAUGCGCCAGCGGCUGCGGCAAACCAUGCAGGAAGGUGGCCGCAUCCAGCGCUGGGAGCCUUUGGCCCUCCAGCCCCCUCCCCAGCCACAGACCCUGGAGCCUGUAGAUGGUCUGGACCCCCUAAGUGUCCGUCUGACAGCAGCUUGGGCUGGGGACUGGGAGCAGUGGUGGGAGGAGAGGACAAGCUUCAGUGUGGCACAGAGGCAGCGGGCUCUGCGGGAGCGGCGGCGGCGGCAGAAGCGAGCCCGGGGCCACCGCAGCCUUUCAGCCAGCUUCACCUCCUCCCUCACCUACCAGUCUGAGCUGUCUGAGCUGAGUGAUACGGGCCUCCCACUGCCCUCCCCUGGCCGCCCACCCAUUCUCUCCCAGGAGGGCUCCCCACGAGCCAGCAGCCCCCCACUUCACAGCCCCCCAGCCUCACCAGUGCCCGAUGAAGCCCUGCUGUCUUCACAGAGCCUGCGUUGCCGUGGCAUCCCUAAGGAGCGGCGGAAAACACUGCGGGACUACCUGUCCGUGUGGGCAGAGGGGCCCCCCGAGCCACCAGAGCCCCCUGGUAGCCAGGCCAGCCAGCUGUGCAUCCCUUCUUCGCAAAGCCAGCUGUCCUCCGCCUCACAGCCCCUCCGCAAGCGCCCACGAAUGGGCUUCUGAGUGCAAAUAAACCUGCUUGGUACAGCAUUC